GCUCAUUCGGUCUUGAAAUACUGCUGGAGACAUUCGGAUCCUAGACGUGACUUACAAUUUUAUUAGUGGCUGUUAAUUGUGGGAAUUAUAUUUUCUUUUCAUACAUCACAAAGGAUCAUCCUCUACGUCUUCAUCACCAGUGCUCUCUAGAAAGACGAUCCACCGAAUUUCUACAAGAAGCACGAAUCACAGUGAAAAAUUAUGCCGCCAAAUCUUUUUGGGAAUACACUUCUCUUGGCGGAGGGCACGCUUGAGGCAGAAAAAAGUGCAUCUCACGUGAGCACAGAUGAACCCCAAGUUAAACCGCAGUCAAUUCAGACCACCGACGAGAGGAGAACAUCGAGAGUUCCAACGGAGAAACCACACAAAGUUCAAUAUGUUUGGAGAAAUAUAAUUGUCUUCUUGUAUUUGCACUUGGCGGCACUCUACGGGGUUUAUUUGCAAUUAACAGCAGCAAAAUACUUAACAUUUGGAAUUGCCAUUAUACUUGGUUUCUGUGGAGGAAUGGGAAUCACAGCCGGUGCCCAUCGUCUGUGGUCACACAAGUCCUACAAAGCAAAGUUACCACUACGAGUACUCCUCAUGCUCUUCCAGACACUGGCCUUUCAGAAUCACAUUUAUGAAUGGGUACGAGAUCACAGGGUUCACCACAAGUUCACAGAUACCAAUGCUGAUCCUCACAAUUCCCGUCGUGGGUUCUUCUUCUCCCACAUGGGUUGGCUCAUGACAAAGAAGCACCCCGAUGUGAAGAACAAGGGAUGUACUGUGGACAUGAGUGACAUUGAAGCUGAUCCAGUUGUUAUGUUUCAAAAGAAGUAUUACGGGAUUUUAAUGCCAGUAUUCUGCUUCUUUCUUCCUGCCUUGGUUCCCUACUAUCUUCUCGGUGAGACCUUCACGAAUAGCUGGUACAUUGCAUCUGUGCUGAGAUAUGUGCUUUCUCUGCACGGAACAUGGCUCGUAAAUUCAGCGGCACAUUUAUGGGGAAUGAAACCCUACGAUAAAAAUAUUUCACCAUCGGACAAUAUUUUUGUUGCAAUUUACGCAUACGGUGAGGGCUGGCACAACUACCAUCAUGUAUUCCCAUGGGAUUACAAAACCUCAGAACUUGGCAUAUACUCCACAAACAUGACAGCCGCAUUUAUUGAUUUUUUCUCAAAACUCGGUCUUGCCUAUGACUUGAAAACGGUCUCCGAAGAUAUGAUUAAGAAGAGGAUACUGAGGACGGGUGAUGGUUCCCACGAAUACAGUCGCAAUAAGCGCGAAGAAGAUCUACGAAAAAUUCUAAUGAGCGAUCAUGAUCACUUCCACGAUAACAAUAUGGUUUGGGGGUGGGAUGACAAAGACAUGGAUGAGCAUGACAAGAAAUUUGCCAAAAUCUACAACAAGGAAGAUUAAAAUUCUAUAUAAUUUAAUUUGUACGCUUUAGAUACUUUAUUCCUUUUCUAUUUUGUUUCCAGGUGCUUUUACGUAAUCACUAUUAGUUUAAUUUACCAUUACAAGUAUUUUGUAGCAGUGUAGAGUCAUUGAUAUGUAUUAAAAAUUUACAUCUCAUAAUUUCAAUAAUUUAUUUAUUGAUUCAUUCUCAAUUGGCUUUCCAUUUUGAAACUUAAUUUAAUAUAAUUUAAAUAUAUAUUCACUGAUAAAGGUUUAUUAA